AUUUUGACUUCGGGCAUUUCGACAGCAGUAGUAUCUAGUGAAGCUUCCAGCGACCUUCUUGGUUGAGGGCGGAAGCGAGGGUUGUGUCGCGUGGACGCCACUCGCGGAUUCUCCCAAACCCACGUGGAAGCUGCGUUCAGGAUGCUGCGCCGCGAAGCCCGCCUGCGCCGCGAGUACCUGUACCGCAAGGCCAGAGAAGAAGCGCGGCGGACGGCCCAGGAGAAGAAGGAAAAGGUCCGGCGCGCGCUCGAAGAAAACCGCCUGAUUCCCACUGAGUUACGCCGGGAGGCUCUGGCCUUACAGGGGUCUCUGGAGUUCGACGAUGCCGGCGGCGAAGGUGUGACCAGCCAUGUGGAUGACGAGUAUCGAUGGGCAGGGGUUGAGGAUCCUAAGAUCAUGAUCACUACGUCCAGAGACCCCAGUUCCCGCCUCAAGAUGUUUGCAAAGGAACUGAAACUGGUCUUCCCAGGCGCCCAGCGCAUGAACCGAGGCCGGCAUGAGGUGGGAGCCCUGGUGCGAGCCUGUAAAGCUAACGGGGUCACUGACCUGCUGGUUAUCCAUGAGCAUCGAGGCACACCUGUGGGGCUCAUUGUCAGCCAUCUGCCCUUUGGCCCCACGGCCUACUUCACUCUGUGCAACGUGGUCAUGCGGCACGAUAUCCCGGACCUGGGCACCAUGUCUGAGGCCAAGCCCCACCUCAUCACUCAUGGCUUCUCCUCUCGCUUGGGCAAGCGGGUGAGUCUAGGGUCCUGGUGCCAGGUCUGGGGGCCAGGGAUCAGGUUGAGGGCCAGGCCAGCCAGGCAUUGCCGCUCCCUUCCUCCAUGCCCCCAGGUUUCUGACAUCCUCCGUUACCUGUUCCCGGUACCCAAAGAUGACAGCCACCGUGUCAUCACCUUCGCAAACCAGGAUGACUACAUCUCUUUCCGGCACCACGUCUACAGGAAGACGGACCAUCGAAAUGUGGAGCUGAUCGAAGUCGGGCCUCGCUUUGAGCUGAAGUUGUACAUGAUUCGCCUGGGCACCCUGGAGCAAGAGGCCACGGCAGAUGUGGAGUGGCGCUGGCACCCCUACACCAACACUGCACGCAAGAGGGUCUUCCUGAGCACCGAGUGAGGAUGUGAUGGGGGCUCACAGGCAGGCCUGUCAUGCCCACGUGGGGGACUCUGAAUAAAAUCUCUGCCACGCCCCGCCUGCUUCUGAGUGGUCAGGCUCAUCCUGAAGGACCAAGGCUGUGGGGUACUCUUGGGUGGGGACCUGAUGGCCAUGGAACAAUCUCAUGUUGUGUCAAGGUGGGGUUGAAUGUCCUGUCUAGAACUCAUCGGGCUCACCCCCUAGAGGCACAUUGGUGCCUCUCAGGAGUCGGGCUCUGUGAACUCUGGCUGGGGAUGCAGGUGCAGGACCAGGUGGUGCCUGAGUAAGUGGAACAGACCCCACCUGGUGGUAAGCAGGACCUCCUGCCCCAAGCAAACAUGUGCAUACCCUGUAUUCACUGGGGACCCAGCGAUGCUAAGGGUCACCCACUAUGCCUACCUUUGCUUUCCCGAGGAGGUUGUCCAGGGUUACACAGGAGGGCCAGAAUGUCCUAGAGAGGCUGGGGUCUCCACACUUCCCCUCUGUGCCCAGUGACCCUGGUUUCACGCACUGUGUCAGGACACUGCAGAGUUUCCUGGGAGGAGAGUGAUGGUUAGAAGGAAAGACUCCACUGCCCCAGGUAGGAGGAGCCCUGUGAGGCAAGUUAUGCAGGGCUGGGGACAGGGCCUUGAGGCCUCUGAGCCUUCUGGCCUCACUCCAGUGAAUCCAGUUCCUUCUACAGGGCCCCCCAGGAGUCCUCACAGUAGCCUGCCUCCUUACUUCACCCACGAAGAAUGUACCAGUAGGGCUUUUUGUGAAUUACAGAAAUUUUUAAGGCACAUUCCCUGUGUCUGUCCUAACAUUACCGCCGAGAGCGUGCCUAAACAACAGAAAUUGAUUCUCUCCCAUUGCUGGAGACCAGAGUCCCAGAUCAAGGUGCCAGCUCCUUCCCAGAGUUCCGGGGCCCCCUUGUCUGACUUCUGGUGGUGGCUACCCUCCUGGACGUCACUUGGCCUGUACUGCGUCACUUCUGUCUCUGCCUUUGCCUUCAUCUACUUCCUUUUCCAGGCAUCACAUCUGCUCUUUUAAGGACCCCUCCUGUCCUUAGGUGCACUUAAGGUCCAUGGGGGUAAUCUGGGAUGAUCUCUUCAAGGUUCUGAGCUUAAUUUUAACUGCAAAGACCUUUUUUUUCAAAUGUCUCAUUCACAGGCCCUCAAAGUGGAUGAUAUAUCUUUGGGGAUGGGAGCCACCAUUCUGUUUCCUAAACCCAUGACUCACCCUUGGUGGCUGAGGGCAUCCAGCUCCUCCCCACACCACACCUGCAGGUGCCUCUGCUGACUCCCGGUGCCCUUGUGUCUUCCCUGGCUCUGGGCAGGUGCUCUGUGGGGCUUUGCUUUUUAAUAGCUUGAGUGCAGAAGGCUGAGAGAAGGUUUGUUACUGAGGGGCCAGCUCUCAGCCAAGGACAGACAAAAUGAACAAGGGGUGAGUACCCUGAUUCCCCGAAAAUAAGACAUCUUCCGAAAAUAAGACCUACUCACAGGAAAGAUAAGAUGUCCCCUGAAAAUAAGACCUAGUGCAUCUUUGGGAGCACACCUUAAUAUAAGACACUGUCUUAUUUUGGGGAAAACAGGGUAGAGGCCGUUGGUUGUGCCCUUUACUGGGGCCUCCACUGUACUGAAGAAGCUAAAGUUAGUUUAGCUGGAAAAGCUAAGUGUAAAUUCUUGAAUUCCUCAAAUCACCCAAGGUAUGCAGGUUCCCUAGGGCCCAGGGGCAGGGGGCCUUGUGAAGGACAUUUAGAAACUGCUCAUCGGACAUGUUGAACCAUCAGGGUGCUGUGGGGCAGAACUAAUAUGGGUGACGUUCAGGGACUUCUCGUGCUGUAGGGAGGGGGACCUGGAGGUGAAGCCUUGGUGGAAGUCAGUUUGGCAGGAUUUUUUUUUUUAUCGUUUAAAAGUGGUUGUUUUUCUUGAGUUAACUGUUCUAGGGUCAGAAAUGGUUACCAGGCUGCUUCAGGGACAGCUUGGGAAUGGCUUAGCCCGGACGUCUGUGCAGGAGAGUUUGUAAAUGAAGCAGGAAUAACAGCCAUCAGAAUUGAGAGAGAAGCAAGGGACGUGUCUGGGCAGCCCUGGGCGGCAAGGAGCGCUAGAGGGGUUUCUGCAUGUUUCCUGUGGGCUUUCUGCUAAGAGAACAAGGAGUACUUGGAUAAUUUAGAUGUGUACGGGACCAAGUAGAGACAGAAGUGGGAACAUGCCCCAGAGCUCGUGUAUAGCCCCUGUACCUGCAGCUCCUCAAUGCUCUGGGAGACUGACAAGUGUGGAAGCCAAGAGAAGAGCUUGUGGGAGAUCUAUGCCUCGUGUUUGCAACUUUGAUAUAAAAUUGAAUUUAUUUCAGAAUACAGCAGCUUCCCCCAUGUUAUUGUUUUCCAUGGUUUCUGUUAACCAAGGUCAACCACAGACCGUAAAUGUUAAUUGGAAAAUUCCAGAAAUAAGCAAUUGAUCACUUUUAAAUUGUGCUUCUCCAUCCCACCUGGGACAUGAAUCAUCUCUUUGGUAGGUUUUUUUGUUUGUUGUUUAUUUUUCUAUUUUUAGGGACAGAGUCUCUCCCCUUGUUUCAAAUUCUUAAAAAUAUUCAAAUAAACAGUUUUCACUGUUGCCCAGGCUGCUCUGAAACCCCAGGCCUCAAGCCAUCCUUCCACCUUGGCCUCAAGUGUUGGGAUUUCAGGUGUGAGCCACCAUGCCUGGCUUUUUAUUAAGAAUAUAUGUACUGGGGCGGCGCCUGUGGCUCAAAGGAGUAGGGCACCAGCCCCAUAUGCCAGAGGUGGUGGGUUCAAACCCAGCCCCGGCCAAAAACUGCAAAAAAAAAAAAAAAGAAUGUAUGUACCACAUUUUUUUAACCCGUUUAUCUAGCAACGGACACUUAGGUUUGGUUGUUUUUAUAUUUCAGCUUUUGGGAAUGAUGCCGCAAUGAACAUAUGAGUGCAAUUUUCUCUUUUGAGAUAAUGAUUUCAUUUCCUUCUGCUAUAUACCCAAAAGUGGAAUUGCCACAUCAUAUGGUAGUUCUGUUUUUAAUUUGUUAAGGAACCACUAUACUGUUUGCUGUAAAAGCUGUAUCAGUUUCCAUUCUCACCAGUAGCUCACAAGGGUUCUCUCUUAGUCUGUUUGCAUUGCUAUAAAUGAACGUCUGAGACUGGGUAAUUUAUAAAGAGGUUUGUUUGGCUCACAGUUCUGCAGGGUGUAUAAGAAGCAUGAUGGUGAGGACUUCAGGGAGCUUCUACUCGUGGAAGGUGAUGGGGGACACGAGAGAAGAAGGUGCCAGGCUCUUUUCAACAGAAUGGCACUAAGCUGUUCAUUCAUGAGGGAUCUGCCCCCAUGACUCAUAUAACCUCCCACUAGGAGAUCACAUUUCAACAUGAGAUUUGGAGGGCGCAAAUGCCCAAACUGUAUCAAGUUCUGUUGUCUCCACAUCCUGGCCAACAUUUGUUAUCUUUUGUUUUUUAAUAAGAAAUGUCCUAAGAGGUGUAAGGUGAUACCUCAUUGCAGUUUUGAUUUGCAUUUCCCUGGUGGCUAUUUACAUGUGGUUGUCUCCUUUGGAGAAAAGUCUGUUCAGUUAUUUUGGCCAUUUUUUAAAUAAAGUUGUUUGGGUUUUUGCUGCUGAGUUGUUUGAGUUCUGUAUAUAUUUUGGAUACUACUGUGAUCUUAAGUGUGUCUUCCCCAAAUUCAUGUGUUGAGACUUAACCCCCAACAUGGUAUUAGGGGGUGGAGCCUUUGGGAGGUGAUUAGGUCACGAGCACUCUGCCUUUUUGAAUAAAAUUAGUGCCCUUUUAAAAGAGGCCUGAGGGAGCUCUUAUGUCUUUUCACCAUGUGAGGACACAGUGAGAAAGUGCCAUCUAUAAAGAAGGAAUUGGGUUCCCAGACACUGAAUCCGCUGGCACCUUGAUCUUGGACUUCUUGCCUCCCGAACUGACAUCCAGGCUCGCUCAGCCGCCUGGAAGGCUGAUGGCGUGCGCUCCACCGAGGCUGGCAGCCGGCCUGGGAACACGAAGAAAAACCGCUAUAAAGA